AUGAAAUUCCUCAUAUUGUUCGGACUCUUAGCUGCUGUGGCUACGGCUGAAAAUGCCAGUGGUGAUGCUCGCAUUUUUAACAUUAUUGGCGGCAUCCUUAAUCUCCUGAACCCAAAACCCGCUGAAAGGCCCACUGUUGUUGAUAAGCCAGUUGUAGUAGAAGGCCCUCUUCAGCCUAUCAUUGUUGGACCUGCAAUUGUAAACCCAGAAUAUGAACAAAUUUCCGUCGGACCCGCCAUCGUAGACUUUGAAGAGAUUUCCGUUGGACCCGCCAUCGUCGAUGAAACUGCUCCCGUUGUCCCCGCUCCCGUGCCCGCUCCCGUUGUCCCCGCUCCCGUACCCUCUCCCGUGUUCCCCAUCACCUCCCCUCUUGUGCAAGUCAUCGUUAACGUUGAGUCCAACGGCGCUGGCAACCCCGUAUCUGUCGAGGGUUUAGAGCCCACCCCCGUCAUCGUUGCUCCUGCACCCGUGCCCGAGCCCGAACCAGUGAUCGUCGUUGACAAGCCCACGGUUACUGAGCCCGUCAUCGUUGCUCCUGCUCCCGUGCCCGAGCCUGAACCAGUGAUCGUCGUUGACAAGCCCACAGUUACUGAGCCCGUCAUCGUUGCUCCUGCUCCCGUGCCCGAGCCUGAACCAGUGAUCGUCGUUGACAAGCCCACAGUUACUGAGCCCGUCAUCGUUGCUCCCAUUAUCCCUGAACCCGUCGUUCUCCUGCCUGACAUCCUCAACUAAAUGAAUCCAUAAAUUACCUUAAACGUACUUCGAC